AUGGUGCUGCUACAGAUGCUGCUCAUAGAAGAGUGGAUGGUGGGAGAAGUGAGCAUUUCUAAGCCUGGGUCAUCAGAAAAAUGUGCCUCUGGCAACACUAUCCUUGUCUUGGCAUAUGGAGACUCUCAUUUAUAUGAGAAUGCUGAUGAAACAUUGGGGGAAGAAAAGUUUGAGUCCAUCAUAAAAGGAAGCUCCCCUUUCUCACCUCUCUCAUUCUCUAUCCAUGAAUGUCUGAAAAACCUGCAAGAAUCUGCUGAAUUAGCAGGUGGUGACAAAUCCCAGAUCCAGAAGACAUAUGAGAGUCUCAAGACAAGGAAUGCAAAGAACCUUGAUCCUAUGGUCGCAGUCCUGUCACGCAUUGCCAAGAACAAGGAGUUGAAAGAUGCAUUGGAACAACAUUGCAUGGCCCAUAUAUCAUCUCCUUCAUGUGUAGAUUCUGCCAUAUCCUCUGGGAAUUCCCAAAGUAUCAUUGCAAGUGGUGCCAGUGGGAUAUCUUUAGAGAAUGUGUCACAGGUGCGAAAGAUGCUUCAAGAGCAGGCAGACAAUUAUGUCCCUCCUGCAACAAUAUCUGAUGCAGUCUUGGAAGGGACUUCUAGUCAGCCAUCAUCCUUCUCCAUUGACCCAAUUUGGAUACAUGAGAGACAAUACCAGAGUCAAGACUAUGUUCUUAAUCCUGAUAUUUCACCUGUUUCUGGUCCUCUGGGAAAUUUGCCUGAAGAAUCUCAAAAGACAGCUCUAGUCACAGAUCUGCUAUAUGUCAUGAUGGGGGUUGAAGGAGAAUUCAUUCAUCCUCAGCCUGUUGUGAAUCGCCAUGCACCCAGGGAGUUUCUUAUCGACAGCUCUGUUGCUGCUAUGAAAGAACUCCUUAAGGAGUACACGCUGUUGAUCACACAGUUGGAAACUCAAUCCCUUUCUUCUGGAGGGGGUUUGACAUUGCAGAGUUUAUUUUAUCAUGUUCAUCCUGUCAUGGAGACCAUGGAGAAUUUGGCAUCUGUUGCUAAUUCCAUAAACCAGGCAAAAUCUCGAGGGGCAGGUGUGUUGUCAUAUCUCCAUGAAAGGGCCUCUUUAACCUCUGGUCAACGAGCUGCCAAAGAGCUCCUAUAUUUGGCCAAGGCUGCUGCUGUUCCUUAUAUGCAAAUGCUCGAGAAGUGGAUAUACAAAGGAGUCAUUGAUGACCCAUAUGCUGAGUUUCUGAUAGAAGACAAUGAAAUUCGAAAGAGAAAUGAACUGACUGGAGAUGCUGAGAGUGAGUAUAGUGACGACUACUGGGGAAAGCGCUACACUGUUUGUAGAGAUCGUGUACCAAGCUUCUUAAAGGACAUUUCUGACAAGAUUCUGCGAAGUGGAAAGUAUCUGAAUGUUAUCCAGCAGUGUGGUGAUGGGAUCAAGUACCCUAAAGCAGAGGAGUUGACUUAUGAUCUUGAGGCUACACGUUUGAAGACAAGCAUUAUGAAUGCAUACAAUUUUGCCAGCAAAACCCUUCUUCAGCUUCUCUUGAAGGAGAAGGAUCUUAUGGGAAGACUUCGAUCAGUGAAGCAUUAUUUCCUCUUGGAUCAAGGAGACUUCAUUGCCCAAUUCAUGGAUCUGGCCCAUUUGGAGCUACAGGAAAAAAUCUCAGACAUUGAUGUAACCCGACUUCAGUGUCUCUUAGAGAUGGCUCUUCGGUCUUUCUCUGCUACUGCUGACCAUUACAAGGAUGAUGUGAAGCUGAAGCUUUUCACAUGUGAUCUAGAAAGUCUUAUGCUGAGAAUAGUCUGUAUUGAUGCUCAGGGGAGAAAAGACUGGCAUCUGGAGAAGAACAUGGCCUUGACCGGAUGGGAAGCCUUUUCUUUUGACUAUCGGGUGCAAUGGCCAGUGUCUCUUGUCAUCAAUGUCAAGGCUCUGGCCUGUUACCAGAUGAUCUUUCGCCAUCUUUUCUAUCUCAAACAUAUUGAGAACUUGUUGUUACGGGUGUGGACUUUGCAGAAACAGACUCGGCAUUUUGCUUCACGUGCAGCUCAAUCUUAUACCAGCACUUUUGCUUUGAGGCACAAGAUGCUUCGUUUCAUUCAAACCAUGGAGUAUUUCAUAAUGUUGGAAGUUCUUGAACCCUCUUGGCACAAUUUCUUGGACAAGAUGGAGUCUGUGGACAACAUAGAUGAUGUCUUAAAGCAUCACAUGGACUUCCUGACAACAUGUCUCAAGGAUUGCAUGCUCACAUCACCAGAUCUUCUUCAUACCAUAAAUCAGCUCCUCAAGACAUGCCUUAAUUUUGCAAUGUUUGUUAAGCAUAUGUAUGGUCUAUCAAUUGAUGCUGAACUUGGGCACUUGGAAACUGACAUAUCAUCAUCUACUUGUGCCCUGAAUGCAUCAGAUGAGGAGGGAGAAGGGGAAAUGGACAGUGGUUCAGAAGGAGAGAGUUUCGAAGAAAAUGUGCAUCGAUUUGACCUGAAGUUCUCCGGACUUCUCCUUGGAUUGCUGGAGAAGAUUGUGGUAGUAGAAAGGGGACGACAGUCGGAGAAUGUAGCAAGUCUUCUCUUCAGCGACGUAGUUGUAAGUUCUGAUAUGAGCCUCCUCGGCUUGGAUUCAGAUUACCCAGAACCAAGCAGAGUGCCUCGGUGCUCCGAGUCCGAAAAAGGACUUCACGGCACCAAGAGACCCAAUCCCCCGAACGGUCCCGGAGCAGCACCCCCUCCAAAUCGGACACAGACCAAGGACGAUCCCUCCUGCGAGCCCCAGCAGAAGGUACCGUCCUCGCUCUGCCUCCCAAUCCAUGCGAUGGUCAUGGCCCGAAGGAUGAAGAGGGCGGUCGUGUUGCUGGCGUUGUUAGGGGUCUGUACGGCCCAAAUAAAUUUCGGAGCAAGGAAAAGUACUGCUGCAGCGAGCGGAAGAACUUCUGCAGUGAGCGGAAGAACUUCUGCAGUGAGCGGAAGGAAUGCUCCCAGUGUGGGUACACGAACGGGAAGCGGGACAGAGGAAAUCGACACCAAAGGACUCUUGGCUGAAUUCCUCGGCAAAGAUCCCAUCUCCGGCGUCGAUACAGGUGGUAUCGGUAGUGGGGGAUUGGGAGCACCCAGUCCCGGAUACGGUCCAUCCGGUGCUGGAGUCCCCCCCUCAGGAGCACUCGGCCUAGAUGUCGCAGGUGGUUACGUUGGUUGCCCCGAUGCGCAGAGGUGUUGCUGUCUGGACCAGUAUCAAUGCAAUCCCGGUGGUGGGGGAGGUGGAGGGGGUGGAAUCUCAGAUGGAACUGGUCUCAUCGAUGUUCGCAUUGUGAAUAAGCCUCCAGCUCCUCCUGCAGCACCACCCCCAUAUCCACCUCCAGCUCCUCCGCCAGCACCACCUCCGUAUCCACCUCCAGCUCCUCCUGCAGCACCACCUCCGUAUCCACCUCCUUGCCCUCCCCCAGCACCACCUCCAGCUCCUCCGCCAGCACCACCUCCGUAUCCACCUCCUUGUCCUCCUCGGCUUGGAUUCAGAUUACCCAGAACCAAGCAGACACCCCCUCCAAAUCGGACACAGACCAAGGACGNUGGGGGUGGUGCUGCAGGAGGAGCUGGAGGUGGUGCUGGGGGAGGGCAAGGAGGUGGAUACGGAGGUGGUGCUGGCGGAGGAGCCGGAGGUGGAUACGGAGGUGGUGCUGGUGGAGGAGCCGGAGGUGGUUACGGGGGUGGUGCUGGCGGAGGAGCCGGAGGUGGAUACGGGGGUGGUGCUGGCGGAGGCUGUGGAAUCCAGAAUAUCAUCACUCCGAGUGGAGCAUACGGACAGGCCGACUACGGAGAGUUCCCCUGGAUGGCCCUGGUUCUCAAGAAAAACGACCACUUCGUUGGUGGAGGAGUGAUCUUGGACGAAAGAACCAUCCUCACUGCCGCCCAUAAGGUCCAGGGGGUCGAUGCCGCCGACCUGAAGAUCCGCGUGGGAGACUGGGACGUGAGCAAAGUGGAUCAAUACAAGGAGAAAUAUCCCCACGAGGAGCGAUACGUCGCCAAGGUCAUCCGACACGAACACUUCAACCCCGGGAACCUGUACAACGACGUCGCUCUGCUCAUCCUCAGCGAGCCUCUGUACUUCGGGAAGAAUCCUGCCUACGGACCCGUCUGUCUCCCGCAAUACGGAGAUGCUUUCUUCGGCCAGAGGUGCUGGGUGUCGGGCUGGGGGAAGGAUGCGUUCCUCGACGGCAGCUUCCAGGCGAUCCUGAAGGAGGUCGAUCUGCCGGUGCUGCCUCCGGAGAAGUGCCAGGCGCUCUUCACGCAGUAUACGAAUCUCGGCUCGCACAACUAUCGGUUCAACGCGGAGCAUUUCAUCUGCGCCGGGGGGGAGAGGGGGAAGGAUGCGUGCACGGGAGACGGCGGCUCCCCGCUGGUGUGCCAGAAGCCCGACGGCCGCUGGUACCUGGCCGGACUGGUGGCAUGGGGCAAGGGAUGCGCCCAGCAGCACGUGCCCGGCGCCUACGUCAACGUCGCCCACUUCGUCACCUGGAUCAAUCAGCACGCCAAGGCGUACUGAGGGGUGGGGGUGGCCGGAUCGGGAUCGCAGUGAGAUUCGAAUCGCGAAUCUGAAGUGAAACGUGACGUUUAGCGAGUUUUCCUCGUGUCGCGAAGGAAUGGAUUCGGUCGGCGAUUCGGAUCGAGAAUCGGUUUGAGCAGUCGACUCAACUUUGCUCAACGUUUUCUCAAUUCCUUUUUUUUUAAAUCGAGUUCGACUUGCGAUUUUUAGGUCGAAUUUCGAAUCAAGCGAUUCGUCCCAAAACGAUUGAGAUUCGAUAUCAUCAGAAGCGAUUUUGAUUCGGAUUCGAAUCCCGAAGGCGUCCGAUUCGGCCAUCUCAGAUCCGGCAUCCCUGUCCUCGUCUUCCCGCCUGACUCCCUUAUUUAUAAGGGCGUCGAAGAAGCUUUCUUUUUCGACCCUCUCUUUGGUGUCACCGGCGAUUUCCUGGGUUUCUGAACCGGGACGCCUUUUCUUCUCCUUUGUAUUGGCUUAUCAAUAAACGCAUUGUGAAGUC